AUGGAUGGCGCGCAUACGAAUACACCGUGGUGCAACGCAACAGGGUGCCCCUCUCUGCAGCGUGUACCCGACUGCCACACGAGGUUUUCACCCCUCGCACAUGCUACCAGAUUUGCGGAAAGUACUAGUCAUCUUCAUCCUUUGGAUCUCACCUUCUUGGAGGAGAUGAUGGCACUCAUUUCGAUGCCUUUCAUCAAGCGUGACCUAUUCGCUCUUCGGGAAUGCCGGACAACGGUGGUCGACGUAAACAUACCCCCGGACGGACGCCAAAUGCUUGUGUGGAAUGAGAGGAGGCAGAAGUAA